AGCUGGUCCUUUUCUCCUCUUCUCUCUCCUAUUUUCCCUCUCCUCGUGCCAUCUCUACUUUCCUUUCUACUUUAGGUUUCUCACUUUUUUAAAAAAAAAAAUAAAAUAAAAAAAUAUAAAAAUCCAAAGCUUCUUCACUCUUAAAUCCAAUUGAAUCAGCUCUCACUCUCCUUUAAAUUCCAAAGAAAAUGUGGCUUUCUGGAGUUGAUUUAUUCAUAAUUUCCCAUUCCCAUAUCUAAUUUCUGUUUCUCUUUUCUUCUCUUUAUUCUUCUUUCUUUUGCUUUUGGUUCUGGACAUCGGUGAUAAGCAUUUAGGGUUUGGAAGAGCUUUGCGAAUUCCACUACUAUUCAACUCAUUCAGGCAACAGAAUAAUGCGGAAAGGUCACUCUGACUUAUCAUCAGUUGAAGAAGGUAGUAGGAGAGGCAGCAUGAGAGAAAGCUGUCAUUUAAAGAAAGGACCUUGGACUUCAGCAGAAGAUGCGAUUCUAGUGGACUAUGUAAAGAAACAUGGUGAGGGCAAUUGGAAUGCUGUCCAGAAAAACUCGGGACUUUCCCGAUGUGGGAAAAGCUGUCGCUUGCGUUGGGCAAACCACCUAAGACCGGAUUUGAAGAAGGGCGUGUUCACUCCAGAGGAAGAGCGCCGUAUAAUUGAGCUACAUGCUAAGUUGGGAAACAAAUGGGCACGAAUGGCUGCAGAGUUGCCUGGACGUACCGAUAAUGAGAUAAAGAACUACUGGAAUACAAGAAUUAAGAGACUGCAACGUGCUGGCUUGCCAAUUUACCCUCCUGACGUGUGCUUGCAAGUGAAUAGAAGUCAAGAAGAGAGUCAUAAUGCAGCUUCACUGCCAAAUGGGGACUCAUAUGCUUCCAAUCUCUUGCAGUCAGAUGCAUUUGAGAUUCCACGUGUGGAAUUUGAGAAUUUAGAACUCAACCAAGGAUGUUUGUCUUAUUCACCAAUGCUUCACGACAUUCCUGCAAACACUAUGCUUAAACGAGUUGGUUCAUCCUAUGGUUAUGGCCUUAUGUUUCCAAUAGCACAUCCUACUAAGCGUCUUAGGGAAAGUGUAAGCAAUUAUUUCUCAAUGCCCAAUCAAUUGACAGAAAAUGCUUACAAGAAAAGAUUUGAUGGGCCCCUCAUGAUUUCUUCUCCAUAUGAUUCCAAUCUCAGUACCAAUGACCAGGCAUCAUUUGGUAUUCCUCCCGGCAGUGAUGCCCCUUUAAAUAGCAAUUUCUCUCCUUCUGAGCCCAUGUCUGGGCCUAUCAAGUUGGAGCUCCCUUCAUACCAAUAUUCAGAUACUCAAGAAGAUAGCUGGGUCAACCCUGCCUACCCACUACCUUUAGUUGAGUCUGUUGAUAAUCUGAUCCAGUCCCCCUCGAUAGAGCAGGCUAAGUCAGAUUAUUUUACACCACAAAAUAGUGGUCUCUUGGAAGCAGUACUUCACGAGUCACAGAAACUUAAAAGCUCAAAGGAUGACUCAUGUCAGCAGUCGUCUUCUACUUCUGUGCUUGAUGAUGUUGCCAAUUUCUCCCUAAACCAUUGUGAGAUAGAAUUUGAAGCACAUUGCGACCCAAAUUCUCCUUUAGCUCAUUCUGCUGCAUCAGUUUUUAGUGAGUUCACUCCUGUUAGUGGAAGUUCAUCAGAUGAACCACAAUUUAUUGAGAGCAUUCUGGGAUGCAAUGCCAAGAACAAAACUCCGAGUCAGAUGGCUGUUGCCAGGCUAGAUGAUUUUAUCGGACCAGGUCAGUUUGGUCAUAACAAUGGGUGUGUGAGGGAUAAACCCAGUAUGACAGAUGCUAUAGCGGCACUUCUUGGUGAAGAUCCUUAUUGUGGCUACUAGCAAACUCUUAUUGUUUAUGAGAUGCUUGUAUGUUCAUCAACCUUAUUGGAACUUGAAUUGCCAGUAUAAUCUUUCAUCUUGUGGGCAGUGGAAGUUUUCUGUAAGUUUUUGUAAUUUUCUGAACUAUUUGGAGGAUAAGUUUUAUGGAACAACAAUUUUCGGAAGUCAUUUAACUUUUGCUUUCUUGUGCUGACACUUGAAGCAGAUGAGAGCACUAGCACUCAGAAGUCAGAACUAUUGGCUGAUGUUCAAUGAACGACUAAUUCCGAUUUGCUUAUUUCAUUUAACACGACAACCGUUUGCCAGAGAUCAUGCCAUGUUGGUAGGGAAUUAAAUAGCAAACAUUCUGCAUUCAUGUGGAUGAUAAAACGUCAUAUGUACUAUAAGUGGCAGUGUGGCACCUUAAUGACUAGUAAAUCACUCAAAUGAACAUGAGUAUUUUGAUCUGCCUCAAUUUUCUGCA